CCAUUUGCAAAAAGAAAAUCAUAUCCACAAAAUGCGCAUACAUUUUCUCUCACCCGUACAGCAACAUUGUUUGCGCUUGGGAUUUGAAGGGCGAGCCGAAACCCAUCAAUCAACUCACUUUAUAUGUCCCCUUUUUUUAGUGCAUGAACGCGAAAACUGUGAAGUUGGCGUUUUGUUUAGUAACCGAGCCAAUGAAUUUAUCAUCAACAAUGAAAUAUGUUUUGGCUUGUUUACGCUCCAGAAAACCUGUGCGCCCGGACGACCACAUCAAUACUAGCCAGCUUAUUUUCGCUCUCUUCGUUUGUGAAAAAGAAAGAUGCGGCACCUGUCUUUCUUUUGUAUGUUUUCACUCAACGCAUUUUCUCCGCGUCAGCUGGUAUAAUAGACACUGACUUGGUCUUGUGAAAUUUAACAAGUCCAACCUUUUUUCACUUGCCUUUUAAAGGGACCAUGGAUUUUGAGCAGACGCUGAGCUCCCUGCAGGAAGAGCUAUCAAACACGGUGCAAGCAUCUGAUUGCAGCGAGAUCCCGUGGAGCUGGAUAGCCACGUUUUCCAGCCGCACGCUGACCGAACACAGCACUGGGCUGUCGCGCGCUGUCCUGCUCGCAGAGCUCGAAGCCCAAUGGCACCAGCUCUCGUCCAGCGAGGCGAUGCACACCGGCGUCCAUCGUUCGUUGGGGAUCCUGUUCAGUCGCCACGGCAACCCGCCGCUCACCACGUGCUAUUGCCUGAAAAUAGACGGCAUGCGGACUAUCGAAAACACAAACAUAUGGCUGUGGGAGCUAUCAGGUGCCCCGGAUCCGCUCGAUGCUGGGAUCUCGGGCAAUAGGCUCAAAGGGCUCAAGAAGCGCAAUACAGCGGACACUCGGGUUGAUGCCAUUAUACACCGGCGGUACUACCCGAUGAUCGAGGGCGCCGAGUUUGCGGGCUUUUUUGGCCGGAACCGCACACUGAUGGUCACCACACUCGUGCUGGCCGACCGCGGCAAUGGGUUUGACGACCAACCCGUACAUACACUGCUUCCGACCACGGCGCUGGCCUUUGUCAUCCGCAUAAAGGACGAUUUGAAUCUGCCCAGCAUGUUGCUCCAGCACACGGACGAGCACCUCUUGCACGAUAUCUUCGGCGUCGCGUACUCUAACGGCAGGUUCUUUCAAAGCGGAGCCCCGGUAUUCAACGCCGACCAGGUGUGGUGCAAGAUCGGCGAGAUCUGUCCGUCAAAGAGAGUCGUUCGAAAUGGCAAGCAAGUCUUACACCGAGAGAUGUAUUGCUUGUUUGAGCACAUAGAGCAGUCCGCAGGGGCGGCGGCAGCAGCUAUCAAUAUUAACUUUUGGGACGAAGACGUCGCGACCGUGGAUCUGUACAAUACAGGCGACUACAUUGGACUGUUGUGCCCAAUUGUCAGGGCCAGCAGCAAGGCGAAACUGCCGACUGAUGUCGAUUGCGGCACGCAGACCAUCGCUUUUAUCAUGAAAGAGAUACUCGACCAGCCGAGUACAUACCUCUCGCAAACGAGAGUCUCGCGCAAUGAAUUGGGGUAUUUUGACUACAGCCGCUAUGCACAUCGCGCCCAGAUCGGCCGGCUGUGUCCCGAGAUAAUCAGCCUGUCGCUUUUGGCUCAAGUGGUGGCCGUUUCCAACAACAUGCCACUCGCAGAUGAUGGCGAGGCCUCUUAUAGGUAUGCGGUCCGCAUCAUGGAUGAUUCCGGAAGGUGCGAUGUCACUCUGUGGGGCGAGUUGGGGCGCCAGGCAUCCAGGCUGCUGCCCGGACAACUAGUCCUCAUGGACAAACUAGAUACGGAGGACGAGCGAGCUAAGGAUGGCAGCGUGAUCAUCAGCAGCGGCGCAGACAUUGGGUCGUCUAUAAUCAACGUAUCGACGUUGGACGGCAUCCUGCAUAGCUCGUCUCUUCGCAAAUACACGCACUUGGCCAAUAUCCCGAGCACAGGCAAUUGCUACGCCAAGGGAUGUGUGGUCGAGGUGACUUCAGCUGGCGAUUACCUGCGCGACCCGCGGGAUCGCUUAUCGGCUACCUGCCUGAUCCAUACAGUAUGCCAGCAGCGCGUUGUGUGCCCAAACAGACCAGCCCUGGCUACAUUGUUGGAAAACCCAACUGACUUUUUUGCCUUUGACUGCCCUUGCUGCUGCCUCGAGAACUUACCGGCUCACGAAGUCGAAUCUGUAUUCUCCCUGCGUGUAUCUAUUGACGACGGUACUGAUGUUUGUGCUGCGCAAGUCACGCCAACGGCAGCAUACCGCAUUAUGCGCAUAUCCUCACAGCAGCUUCUCGAGCUCCCGAGCAGGCAAGAACAGAUGAGUGCUCUGGCUAAUCCGCUCGGCAGGGAGAUUGUCGCUUCCAUAUCGUCGCUCAACAGCUCGUUGACUGUGGACGGCGACAGUGUGCUUCGCAUCGACGCUGCAUGCCCAGCAGAAGAUAUUGGUAUCGUCAGUGUUUUAUAGUAAAAUAUUUUGUGAUUUUUGGGGUUCAAUAAUACUUCAAUAAAAA